AUGUCAGGCCUUGGAGUUAAUAUUCAAAAGACCUCCAUGUUUUGUCAAGGUCUAGACAGUGAUACUCUUGGCAGGAUUCAAGCUCGUUUCAACUUGAGGGCUUCUUCUCUCCCCAUUCGUUAUUUGGGUCUGCCUCUCUCUUCCAAAAAGCUAAAUGUAGCUGAUUGUGAUCCGUUGCUUGCCCUUAUCAAAAAGAAGAUGGACGCAUGGACAAACAGAUUUUUAAGUCUGGCAGGAAGAUUAUCCCUUCUUUCCUCGGUUAUCUCGGGAAUUGUCGGAUUUUGGACCAGUGCUUUCAUUUUACCUCUGAAGGUGAUUAAGAAGAUCAAUAGUCUCUCUAGCUCCUUCUUAUGGCAUGGUAAAACAGGUUUGUCUUCUGCAGCAAAGGUUGCUUGGAAGACUAUCUCAUCUCCUAAGGCUGAAGGCGGCUUAGGACUUAGGGAUAUCGCAAGUUGGAAUAAUGCUUCUGCUUUGAAACUGAUUUGGAUGCUAUUUUUUCGAGCUGGAUCAAUCUGGGUAGCUUGGAUUAGAAGAAGAUAUCUUUCAAACGCAUCCUUCUGGGCACUCAACGACAAGAACUAUUCUUAUUCGUGGAUGUUUAGAAAGAUACUAAAGCUGCGCCAAAAAGCCAUUCAGUUUCUGAGAAUUAAAAUUGGGAAUGGAGAUUCUACUUUCUUUUGGUGGGAUCCUUGGACCCCUUUUGGAUCUUUAUCUGCUUAUUUGGGUGAAGAUGGGCCUUCUCGUCUUGGUAUCCCACUAAAUGCUACCGUGUCAGAUGUAUGGAGUGGUAAUGGAUGGACUCUGCCUCCGGCACGUACUGAUCGUCAGGUUAAUCUUCACUCGUACCUACUUACUGUUGGAUGUUCCUCUUCAGUUGAUACUCCGAUCUGGUCUAUCAAUGGUGUAAUCAGGAAGUCCUUUUCCUUAAAAGAGGUGUGGAACGAGAUUCGUAGCACGAAUCCAGAGGUCUUCUGGGCUCCUUUACUUUGGCAUAAGGCAGGUUUGGCUCGUCAUCAAACCACGUCAUGGCUUUUUCUUCUCAAUAGGAACCCAACUAUGGAUCGAAUGACUUCUUGGGGUUAUGAAACAGAGGGGAUUUGUUUACUUUGUGGUUUGGAUUCAGAAUCACGAGAUCAUCUGUUUUUUUAG